CGAUUACUUUAAUAAAAGAUAUCGUUCCGUUUGAUCGAAGAUUCUGCUCUCGUUGGUGAUUAGACUUGGACCUUUGCUUCCUUCUUCCUCCUCGUCCCGAAAAGUGUUCAGUGGAAUGCGACAACCUACCUCGUUCGGUUGAAAGCAUAAGAAGUUCUGCAAUACCAACCAAGGAAGUUUUGAGGCCAACGCCUCGCAACUCAACGUACAAUGUCUCUCGCAAUCAACACGUGCGUCUCAACGGCUCCGGUGAGUGAUUUUCUUGGUGAAUCUGGUACGUCUUUGCUGCGGACGGAGCAUUCUUCUGGUGAGGAUGACGUCUCGCCGAAGCGUUUCGUGCGGAAUGGGAGACCUUCCACAUGCAUCGGAAGCCCAAGAAGCGUCGUGAUUGGAGAUGAGCAGCCACAAAACGGCGUAGGUAGCAUGAGAAAGACGGCACGGGUAAUUCCUGCGAUGAUCUCGAAAGGAGAGAAGCCGAGGAAAAGCACGAAUAAGGCUCCUACCGACGAGAACAGCAACUUUGGCGAUGACUACUCCACAGAUGGCGAAUCAACGGUAUUGGUCAUCCAGCAGUCUCGAGCUUGCCGUGAUCAUCGAGACGAAACUACGUGGUGCAAUUAUGAAACGGAUUGCUUCGACUCGAGCGAUUGUGUUUCCUUCUUUGAUGAGAAUGAUUUGAAUUCUUGGGACAACGAUGAUUCUAGCGAGCAAGAAGACGAUAGCUCCUUGCACACUAUUGACCUAAAAGCAUCCGACUGUGUACUUGAUCCGUUACUGCAUAGAAUGCAGCCGCGACGUCGUCGACAGGUUUCGUUUGGUUCCGUAUUCAUCCGUGAAUAUUCUUUGACUGUGGGGGAUCAUCCAUACACGCGCGAUUCCUGCCCACUAACCUUGGCGUGGCAACAUACGGUAACCGUGGAGAAGGAAUUGCUUCACUAUGAGCACAGUCGGUACUUUUUGCGGUCUUCGACACCACCACGGCGACUUGGUCUGCACGAACGACGGGAACGCAUAUGCGAAGUCAACGAAAACUUAGUCGACCACGCUGACGUGAAGCAGCUGGAAGUGGCAAUGACUCUGUCGAGAUUGGAAUCAAUGCAGACGCGACUGCAAGGCUUUCAUCAAGAUGGUAACCAUCACCAGGACGGUUCUGGGACGUCCUCUUCUGACAACAUGCAUCCUCAUUUGAUGUGCCUAGAUUCCGUGCUUGAUCAAGACGAACACCCGCCGCACACUCCAUGCUGUCCAGUGAUCGAGGAAGCCAGCACGGCUACCCCAUUAUAUAGUUCGGAAAGUGAACAAACUGAUGUUUGUGAGCAGCAAUCUCUGCAGCCCAUUUCUAUCCGCGAACUGUGCUGACAACACUUUAUACAUAAUUAUACAUAGAAAUUGUUUCUGCUAUUC